GUAUUUGGCGGUGACCUCUUUGAUCGCGGCAACGGCGACCUGAGGCUGGCCAGGGAGCUUGUUCGCCUCAAGAAGAGGCACCCUGAACGAGUCUUCCUGAUCAUGGGAAACCGGGACAUCAACAAGAUGCGCCUUACCGCGGAGCUGGAGGCCGACGAGGUCCGCCGGGGCAAGAAUGCUGCCUACCCCGCUUGGUGGGAUGCAAAUGCCACCACCUUGACAGAUUUCCUGGAGAAGAAGCAGCUUCCAGAUACCCGGGUCAAUCGAUUGAAGUGGAUCUUGCAGUGUACCAUGGGCUCACCCAAAGCUUUUGCACUCCGAAGGGAGGAGUUGGCCCAUUUGGAGCACAAGGCCGUCUCUGACAUUUCUGAUGAGGAGGUGCUGAAUAGUUUUGAUCGUUCUGUUGAAGAGGAUGGCGAAGUGACCAGCUACCUCCAAAAUGCCCAGAUCGGCGUGAUCAUUGGCGACACACUUUUUGUGCAUGGAGCUGUAGAGCGGCAGGCCUUGGGGUUUGUACCCAGCCCUACGCUCCGGUACAUCAGAAACAGCCCCGAAGACGUGCGCGGCAAGGGAAGCCGCUGUGACCUCCCCCUGCGCGAGUGGAUUGAGGGAUUGAACACCUUUGCUGCCGACCAGGUUGACACCUGGCAACUGAGCCCCGACUGGCAAGGGAACGGGGAGCGAGUUCGAGGAGGGGAAGCGCUCAUGGCGUAUCAAAGCCGACCGGCCAUGGCCCUGCACACAGUGGUGGUGACGUGCUACGUGGAUGGCCACAGCAUGCCAGCCCGGAAGGCCAUCGAUAAGGAUAAGUUCGAGGGCUACCAGAAGUGCUCGGACCCCUUGAGCCCUGAGGUCGUGAAGUAUCUGCUGGAAGGUGGGGUUCGUCGGAUCGUUGUGGGGCACAAGCCAAGUGGCGCAGCUCCUGCAGUUCUUCGAACAUCUGGUCCGGAUGGCUUGGGCUACGAGGUCGUUUCUGGAGAUACCAACUACGCCAGCCCAAAAGGCCCCUGCCUACGGGGCGGCUCAUGGUGUGAAGUGCGCAUCUCGCUAAAUCCGUCCGAUGGCACCAGCCGCACGAGGCUGCAUGGAAAGCUGCCAGAUGACUCUGGCGAAUACGACUUUUGUCUGCCGGCCCUGGGAACACCAGUGAAGAGCGAUGAUGAGGGAGAUCAGCUUAUUGGCCACGAAACGACUGAAGGCUGGUGGGUGCGAGUUCGGCUUCUUACAUCUGAUGGAUCCCGCCGCUACCUCCUGUCCAAGGGCAAAGGGCGCAAGGCCGAUUACAUCAUGAAGGAUGCCACGGAGAUUGAAGUCUGCUCAGCCAGAUGCAAAGACCAAGCAGCGAAGGCCCUCUGGUCACUCAUCGCGCGUUUUCCCAUGGCUCUGCUUCGCGGAGUUCGUUUCGGCGAUUGUCCCUUAGUACGUCGAGUCACCUCCAGCGAGGAGGACGAGGAUGACUCAGUCUCGAAUGUUGCCGUCUCUUGGCAAUCGAUAGGCUGGAUCACAGACAACCUUCCUCACUGGCACUUCACCUUCGGCAUCUCGGCAGAUGACUUCUACACGUGGAAGGACUCGCUGAGCAAGGAUGAACAGGCCCUCCUCCUGAAGCAGGCUCAGAACGAGUUCAGCAAGAAGUUCCGCAAGAGCGACGAGUUCACCCAGGACCUCCCUGAGGAGAAAAUCCAGUCGUUCGCGAAGGUGCUGAAGAAGUUCUUCGACAACGAGAAGGAUGAUUACAAGAAGGAGGCGGACCAGAGGGUUCCCGACUAUGACGCUUUGAAGAACAAGGCGGCGCUCGUCUCGUACGACUUCGGCCUGAAGCGACGCGUUGUGGAGAUCGACCGCGAUGCCGACCGCCGCUGGAUGUACGCGUCCAUGAAGCUGCGAAAGGACGAGGAAGCAGGCAAGGAGGCCAUCAACAGCGCACCCAAGGAGGAUGCCUACAAGUUUUCGGAGGACACCGUGGCGCAGGUCCACAAGUUCCUUUCCGAGGCCAACAGCGCCUCCAGCGCACCGGCCGAUACCAAGGCUGCCAUCGACAAGGUUCUGAAGGAGACCCCGGCCGAUAAGGAGCUGUCAGUGAGGUUCCCCCGAAUCAUGCAUGAGCAUAUCUACAAGAAGGUCAGCGACCUGCAGAAGGAAAUCGCGGAGUUCGGAGCAAAUCAUUCCGAGGCCGAAACCAAGGAGUUUAAGACCAGGACCGCCCCAGAGGAGCUCCUGAAGUACAUGGAGGAGCUCUUGCCACCUUACUGGGAGGCCAGGGAGGCCAACGAGAAGAAGGUCGAGAAUCUCAAGGCAUUCUUCCGCUCUCAGAAGGCCAGCGCCGGCAAGACCAAGGCCGAUGUCGUGAAGGAGAUCUUCAAGGUGAUGUCAGCGCACUCCGACACUCCUUUGCCGCCUCUGGACGAGGAGAUGCUGGCUGACUUGUCCAAGAUCCCGGCCCAGCUCGAGGGUGAGUUCAAGCACAACUGGGGCACCGCGGAGAAGCUUUACAAGUCCGAGGCCAUUGAUUCCUUCGGCAACAAGUACCUCCUGGGCGUUUUCGAGACCAAGGGGGAGGCUGAGAAGGCCUUCGAUGAGUGGAACAAGGAGUACGACCAGGCUGGUGCCGAUGUCAAGGAGUCCCUGAGUGGCUGGGCAAAGCAACAGGAGGCGAAUCUGGCAGAGGACCAGGAUGCGGUGGACCGCAUGCGCAAGGCACUUGAGGAGGCACGCCGCUGA